AUGUCAUCGAUACGAACGCCGAAAAAGCCACUACAAGCCCGACCAAUGCUCCUCCGUUCCCUAAUCGAUCAAGUCCAGGAAGUCAAAACGAACUUACGGGCGAGAGAUACCACACCUGCGAGGCCCAGUAAAAAUGUAUCAAAGAAUCCCGUCCCCGCGGUACGGACAUUGUUUUACUGCAAAAUCGUCUCCGGAAGAAUUGGACCGGCCACGGCUUACCUCAAACUCGAAUUUGGUCAACGAACGGACAGAAGAGACGAAGGCCGGCGGCAUUGCUUCCAGAAGGACUUGGUCCUCGUCUUCGUUGCUAUCCACGAGGCCCAGGCCUACGGCGCUCGCGUAGUGGCCUGGGGAGGGUUGAACGAGGACAGUGUGGGACAUAUACUGAGCGGUCCGAAGUCUAGUAGUCUUGGUUGGCUUAAAGGAGGUCUCCAACAGCCAGGCGAGACGGGUGAAGGAUGGGACAAGCUCGAGCUUGGGUGUGACCCUUCUUGGCCCGCUCAUCGACGAGCUUACGCUGAGCGCCGGAACCACUCUCGACAUGGGCGUCGCCCAAGGUGA